GAUGUAAAUGUCACUGAUGUCAGCUCGAUUGCUUUGCAUGUUUUGUUUAUAAUUUUAUAAUUUUCAAUACUGGAUGCAGAUUAUUAUAAUUCUACAUAAAUUCUUUAUAUCGAGGUGUUUAUAAGUGUUGAAAGCUGUUUCUUAUUCUUGUUUAGAUCAAACAAUAAAGAUUACUGUUCAACAUGGACAAUAAAACAGCAUUGAAAAAGGUCUUUUUAUGGGACAAAGACUCGGACAGCAACAGCAUACAAGAAAGGUUGAGGCAACCCAAACUGUUCACCAAUGUUGUAAGCAAUAGUUCUCUACAAUCUAGCAGUCAGAGGAACUCAGAUAUCAUACAGGACAGCAUGCAAGCCAAUAAUAGGGAACCCCAAAUUUUCACAAGUCCCUCAACAAAUCCUUUAAGCAGAAGUACUUCACAAUCAAGCAGCCAAAACUCUAACAGCAUGCAAGCCAAAUUCAGGGAACCUACAACUUGCAACAAUGAUUUAAGCGGUAGUUCACAGUCUUCCAGCACACAAGCAAAUUUGAGACAAAGGAGGCAACCCAACAAUGUCAGAAAUCUUUCAAGCAGUUCUUCACAGUCUAGCAGUCAGUCAGGAUCGGUAACAGAGAUUACUGGGGUUCUUAAGGGAAUCCAGAAUUUGCAGUGUUCUCAAACAGGUUACCUCAGCAUACAAGAAGUUGCUGCCAAAUCAAACUUGAAAGCUGAAGCAGCUGAAUGGUUUCCACUUGGGUUUCAAUCUCCAUCUACCACAAACUCAAGCACAGACACCUAUGUAGAACCAGUACAUAAUACUAAUAGCAGUGUUCAGAGCAGGUUGCUAAAACAUAAAAUAUCAUCUGAUAAUGAGAUAGUAAACUAUUCAACUAGUGAUACAAUAUUUCAAAACAAGGAUGGUGUGGAGGAUGAUGAGUAUGAUUAUUCAUCUGAUAUGAGGAGAAUAAAACACAUCAUUGCCACCUUGACAAAAGAUCCAGGACAAUUUGAUAAUUUAUUGGAGAUAUUUUUGGAAACUCUAAUGCCACAUUUGGAAGACAUUACUCCCAUUUCAAUUAUAACACAAACUUUAUUGGAUGAGGCACUCACACACCCAAAUUUCAGAUAUACUGGUGCCAAAUUAUGUUGGUAUAUAGAACAGGCUUCUCCUGAAUUCAGAGCAGAAUUACACCUGAGGUGUAACAAAAAAAUUGAAGACAGUCCUGAUAUCCAAAAUGUCUCACUAUUUAUUGCAGAACUAUAUACCCAAUUACCACAUCUCAAUAUAUAUGGUGCACUUCUCAUCAGAUCAUUUGGAAAAUUAUUUGAAAAAGGUGGAAAUGAUGAUAUCAAGUGUAUCUGUCAGGCACUUAAGUUGACAGGAUACUCUCUAGAGCACAGUAAUAGUAAGGAACUGGAUGGCAUUUUCAAGAAACUGAGGGAGGUGAAAAGUUCUGUCAGUGGAACAGCUUUAACACUGUUGAAUUCCGUACUGACCUUGAGAUCAACAAACUGGGGGCAUACUAGUGAUGUAUCUGAGUCCGAAAACGAAGGAGAUUUUUUCGAAUAUGAAGAUGUUCAUCAUGAUACUGUAUUCUACAAUACAGAUGGUGAAGUACUUACCAAAGAAGAAAAUGAAUUCAUUGUUGCCCAUAUGAAUUAUUCUGAAGAAUUGAGUGAUUAUUCAGAUCCUGAUGAUUUGUGUGACCCUGAAGCAGAAAUGGACGAAGAAAUCCAAGCAGCUUUCAAAGAAUUUGUUAAACUCGGUAAUAAACAGUAAUGUUAAAGAUUCAUUGGGGUUGAUUUCAUUAUCAAUGGACACAAUGUUCAGUGCAUUAAGUAGACUCGAAAAAUAUUUAUUACACCAAAAUUCAUGUUAUAUUUUUUAAUUGCACUUCAAGAAACAAUGUUAUGUUUAGGUCGUCAAUAGUCUUUUGUCAUAUUUAUUAUUUGUUUUUUACAUUGUCUAUCUAAUGUUCUGACUGAUGUAUAUUAUAUAUGUAUGUAGGAACAAUAUAUACCCUGUUGUCAUU